AUGUCGUUGUUGGAACCGCCGCAAGAUUUGUUGGCACUUCUCCGAGAAGCUGUCAAUGCUGAGGAAGGAAAAGAAGUUGAUUUUGAGGAAUCUGAGGAUGUAUUGGCUUAUGUUACAUUUUUGGCUGCCGGACUCUGCAAGGCUCAGGAUUUCUCUCCAGCAACCUGGAAGGAUGUCUUGGAACCGUACUUGGAAGAUACUAUGAGUGUCGAGUCCGUUGAAAAGUUUCGUGAGAGUGUUCAAAAGGCCACCAUGGGGGAUGACGACCAAGAUUCGUAUGGUGAAGAUGACGAUGAUGAGCAUGAAGAAGUCUGCAACAUUCGCUUCAAUUUGGCCUACGGUGGAAAGAUUUUGCUUCGUGAGUCCAAACUUAAGUUGUUGCGAGGACGCCGAUACGCUUUGGUGGGACAGAAUGGAGUGGGUAAAACCACUCUGAUGAGUGCCAUCAACAAUGGAAAGUUGGAAGGAUGGCCACAACAGUUGAAGACUGCUUAUGUGGAUUCUGGUUCCAAUGUUGAUCCCAAUUACGAAAUGCAGCCUGUCAUGCAACAUUUAUUGGACGAUACCAAGAAAUCUAAGGAGGUUUGUACGGCCAAGUUGAAGGAACUUGACUUCACCGAUUCCAUGAUCAAUGGUACCAUUGGUGCUCUUUCCGGGGGUUGGCAAAUGAAACUCCGUUUGAUUCGAGCCAUUUUGAUCGAUCCCGAUAUCUACUUGUUGGAUGAACCGACAAAUCACUUGGCUGAAGGAGCUGUGAAAUGGAUCACCGACUAUUUAAACUCACUUGAUCAUCAGACUGUGCUGACGGUGUCUCACGACACCACUUUCCUCGAGAAUAUUUGUACGGAUGUCAUUCAUUAUGAACAAAGAGACGUCUGGGGUCCUUACCGUCGAUUGGUCCAUUACAAAGGAAAGAUGUCUGAAUUUGUUGAGAAGCAGCCUCAAGCUAAACACUAUUUUGAGCUUGCUACUUCGGAAGACACAAUGACAUUCAAUUUCCCAGAACCAGGACGUUUGGAAGGUAUCAAGACAUCCACACAAAAGUUCUUAGAGAUGGAAGGUGUAAACUUCCGUUACCCAGGACAAGAUGUGGAUCAGUUGUCGGAUGUCAAUUUGAAAAUGACUCUAUCUUCUCGGGUGGUUGUAUUGGGAGCCAAUGGUGCAGGAAAAACAACACUGUUGAAAAUGAUGGUUGGUGAAACUCUUCCGUCAAACUUGGGACAAUGCAAGUACUACGUCCACCAGAAUCUUCGUAUUGCUUAUGUUGCUCAGCAUGCCUUUUCGCACGUUGAGCAACACAUGGAGGAAAGCCCCGUUGCGUACAUUCAAUGGCGUUUCAAGGAUGGCUUUGAUAAGGAGAAGUUGGAGUCUGCAGCAUACAAAAUUUCGCCCGAAGAGCAAAAGGCUAUCGACGAAUUCCAGCUCGAAGGAAUCUGGAGUCGACGUAUGCGUGCUGGUCGAAUCGAGUACGAAGUCAAGAAAAAGAAUAUUCGUGAGAAAGACAACAAGUACUAUACUAAGGAAGAACUUUUGGGACUGGGAUUUGAGCAUCUCCUCAAACAAACAGAUGAAAAGAUUGCGGCAAAAGAAGCUGGUUUGGACUUGAGACCAGUGACCACAACCGAGAUUCAAAAGCACUUGGACGGCUUUGGUCUUCCUCAAGAGUUUGGUACCUAUGGAAAAAUCCGCGGUUUGAGUGGAGGACAAAAAGUGAAGCUUGUGUUGGCAGCUGCCUACUGGACCGUUCCGCAUCUCAUUGUGAUGGACGAACCUACAAAUUUCUUGGAUCGCGAAGCGUUGGGUGCCCUAUCUGCCGCGUUGAACAAAUGGGGAGGUGCCGUGUUGAUGAUAUCUCACAACCGUGAGUUCUACUCUUCUGUUUGCAGAGAGGAGUGGCAUGUAGGUGGUGGUAAAGUCGAUGUUAAGGGCGACUCCCAUGAACGUGAAAUGAAAGCUGUUGCAAGAAAGAAGAAGUACGAGAAAGAAUUGGACACAGAUGAAGUUCUUGAGAAGGCUGGUGGUAACAUGAACGCUAAUGCCGACCGCUACAAAGAUGCGACAACAGAUUUUUGGGGUAAAACCGUUAGCAAGAAGGAUGCCCGAAAAUACGAUAAGGCCAAGAAGAAGGGAAACAUUGCCGAGAUGAGAAAAAUUUUGGGCGUUCCAAAUGGCAAGGUCAUGCCCGGAUACGAAGAGCUUGGUGAUGGUACUGCAAAGUAA